AAAUUGCACAGGGAGCUAGAAGAGUUCUCAUAACGUAACCGUUUUAAACUAAUUGCUUCCUUUUUUAGUUGAUUGCAUAUUCAAAUUAUUUCUAUAGCCUGUUAAUUCGCUGAAAGAGACUGAAUUUACACGAUAUAGUAAUCAUCAGCAAAAAGAUCGUCUGCAAUUGCACGCUACCCUCAUCGAUACCACUUGAAGUGGCAGCUAAAAAUUGGAAUAAUUAUUACCUAAUUGACUUUCACCGUGACAAAGCAGUUUUUACGGUGUUUGAAACAGUCUCCAAAGUAUAAGCUCAAUCGUUUUUUCUUAACAGACAACGUGCUGACAUGAGUUCCUCAAACAAUGGCAUCGACACUAAAUCCCGAAACGGAUAUCAAACGUUUGAGGAAGUCCACAUUCCAAUGCCUUGGGGACACGUUAGUGGGAAAUGGUGGGGUCCUAAAGAGAUACAGCCAAUUGUUACAUUACAUGGUCGACAAGACAAUGCAGGAAGCUUUGAUAGAUUAGUUCCAUUGCUACCAAAAAGCUAUUCUUAUCUCUGCUUGGAUUUACCUGGUCAUGGUUUCUCUUCGCAUUAUCCUAAUGGCCAAUUUUAUUAUGUACAUUGGGAGGGCAUAAUUCUACUUCGUAGGAUUGUAAAUCAUUACAAAUGGAGGAAGAUAAAACUUUUGGGUCAUUCACUUGGAGGUGCAAUAUCCUUCCUUUAUGCAGCUUCCUACCCAAAUGAAGUAGAAUUUGUGAUAAGUUUGGAUAUAGUCAGUCCUAGUGUAAGAGACAUUACAAAAACAGCUACUGUUACGGGCGAUCACAUCGACAAAUUUCUUAAGUUUGAGAAAUUAACAUUAGAUAGCGUGCCUUGUUAUGAAUAUAGUGAAAUGAUAAAGAUCGUCGAAGAUGCUUACAAAGGAGGUAUUACCAAGGAAAGUGCUGAAAUAUUAAUGAAGAGGGGAAUGCAACCGGCGUUAAAUCCAGGCAAACAUUAUUUCAGUAGGGAUCCCAGACUAAAAGUAUCCAUGUUAGGUAUGCUCUCUUUGGAUUUAGUAAUGGCCUAUGCAUCUCAAAUCAAAUGUGCUUACAUGAACAUCAGAGCCAAGCCUGGAAUGGAAUUCGAACAACCGGAAAAUUACCAGAAAGUCUUGGAUGUGAUUAAAUUGGGAGCCAGAAAAUUUGAGUAUCACGAAGUCGAAGGAACGCAUCACGUUCAUUUAAACAAUCCCGAGCUAGUAGCUCCAGUGAUAAAUCAAUUUCUUGAAAGUUUAUAAUGAUAAUUUAUAUUAGUCGCCGUAGUGGAUCGGAAUAUGGCUUAAGGAAGUUUUAAAUUAAUGCUAAUGGAUAUGAACUAAGUUGAUCCUUUUCUUUUAUUGUUAGGUAUUUUGGGACGUUUAUUAUGUAUUUAUAAUUAGAGCGAAACAUUGACUCUUUUGAUUCCUCUUUUAGUCAAAGAGUUGAAGCUAGUAAAUUUAUUUAAUAAUUAUUUUAAUCUUCCAUUGUACAAUGCGCAUUUUAGUCAGUUUUUUUUACAACGUUUAGCUUCUUACUGUUAUUUUUUUAAACAGUAAUUGC